UGUCUCUCUCAGUGGAAAAAAAUACUAAGAGAGUUAGUGAGAGGGGAAUCGAGACAAGAGCCAAGGAGAGUGGAGCUUCCAGGUGCUUUGCCCCCAGUUAAAAGCCCAGUACGAGUGCGUAGCAAGAGUGGUCAGAGCCUAGCCAAGCCAAGCACCCUUCCUCAUGCUUCCUCUCUCCUACACUUUCCUCCCCUCUCUCUCUCUUUCCCUCCUCUUUUGCACCCGUGAGUGAGAGAGCACAGUCAUUCAGAAGGUGUGUCUGAAAUCUACUUCUAGUCAACUGGGAGACAGCUUUGCAAGGACAUUUUUCUUCCUCGCAUGGACUUUAAUUUUCUCCAGAGACAGAAAUAAGAACAAAAAGAAGUCCAUAGAAGUCCAGAUUUUUUUUCUCUUGAUUUUUGAUAUAUAUGAAAAAAAUCUAUAUCUCACUGAAUGUAAGUUCUGAGAUAAUCUCCAAACAUUUUCAUUUAUUUCUUUCAUCGUGUCUGCUGAUUUUCUGAAGAUCAUGAGCAGAACAUAACAUACCUGCAGAAAGUACCUGCCUGAGAUCCUGAGAUAUUCCUGACCUUCUUCCUCAAGCAGAAGAGCAAGCCUCUGUGUUGAAGGUAUCAGGUAGUGAGUUUGAAGAUUCUGAGCAAAGAAGACCAUGACACUGAUAUCCAUAUGUGUGCUGCUGCUGAUGUUGGGGGGUUAUGCUCUGUGUGGUGGCUAUGCCCCUAUGCCCCAGAUGAAAUACAUGCAGCCUAUGAUGAAGGGUCCAGUCGGCCCCCCCUUCAGAGAGGGGAAGGGUCAAUAUCUUGAUUAUCCACCUGCAGUUGAAGUGAAAGGGGAGCCCGGCCCACAAGGGAAACCAGGACCAAGGGGACCACCUGGGCCCCCAGGAUUACCUGGGAAACCUGGAAUAGGAAAGCCAGGUCUCAAUGGUCAGUUAGGACCCCAGGGGCCAGCAGGUUUGCCAGGAAUUGGAAAGCCAGGACUACCUGGUCUGCCAGGAAAAGUUGGGCCCAAAGGACCACCAGGAAAUGAUGGUGACAAGGGACUUCAAGGUGAACCUGGGCCACGUGGAUUACCAGGGCAACCAGGAUCACCUGGUCCUGCAGGUCUCUCAUUAAAUGGAAAACCUGGGCUUCCUGGAGUUCGGGGCCCACCAGGAUCUAGGGGUGAACCAGGACCAAAGGGUCUUCGUGGUUUACCUGGUGAUAAAGGGGUCAAGGGGGAAAAUGGCCAUGGCAAUCCAGGUCCACCAGGCCUCAGGGGACCUAAUGGCCUUCAGGGACCUCCUGGACCUCCAGGUAUUCCAGGUGUGGGAAAGCCUGGACUGAAUGGGCCACCUGGUCCUUCUGGACUAAAAGGAGACCAAGGGCUUCCAGGGGACCAAGGUCUGCCAGGGAAUCCUGGGUCUAUAGGACCACAAGGGCCACCUGGAUUAGCUGGAAUUGGAAAACCUGGGUUGGAUGGUGUACCUGGUAGACCUGGUCAAAUUGGCCCAAAAGGUGAACCAGGUCCAAGGGGUGCUAAUGGGUUUCCUGGGGCUCCUGGUUAUGGUAAACCUGGUCUAUCAGGACAGAAAGGAGACAGAGGCCCAGCUGGAUUACCAGGAGCUCAGGGUGAUAAAGGGGAGCCUGGAACAGGAGGUCUACCAGGGGAAACAGGGCCAGCUGGGCAGCCAGGAGCUUCAGGUGUACCAGGUCCAAUGGGUCUUCCAGGUAAACAUGGCUUGCCUGGUCUGAAGGGAGAAGGUGGUCCCCAAGGGCCUCCUGGCUUGCCUGGAACCAAAGGGGACCAGGGUCUCAGUGGGUUGCCAGGUAAGCCUGGCCUCCCAGGGGAUAAAGGGCUUCCUGGACUAAGUGGAGCCAUUGGAAAACCAGGUCCUAAAGGUGAUGCUGGACACAUUGGUUUGCCUGGUAAUCCUGGACUCACUGGGCCUCAAGGCCCCAAAGGAGAAAAUGGUCUUUCAGGGCCCCCAGGAUCACGGGGUAUUGCUGGGAUUCCUGGGAUCCCAGGGCCCACAGGCCAUAUGGGACCACAGGGCGUUCCAGGAUUGAAAGGAGAGCAAGGCCCACCAGGACCCCCAGGAAAUGGUAAGAAUGGGGAGCAGGGAAAAUCAGGUCCACAGGGACCACCUGGAAAACCAGGCGCUAGUGGACUAACUGGUGCCCGAGGUCUUCCUGGUCCACCUGGCCCACCCGGCCCACCAGGUCCUUCUAAUGGAGAUACCAAAGUGGCAGUGUCAGGGCCUGAUGUUAAUGGCGAAACAAUACCAGGUCAAAAUGGAAAACCACAAUUUAGGAUCGAGCUUUCUGCUACUGCAGCUCCUGCUUUCACUGCUAUUCUCACAACACCCUUUCCACCAUCUGGUAUGCCAAUCAAAUUUGACAGGACUCUUUACAAUGGGCAAAAUGCUUAUAACCCCACCACUGGCAUCUUCACCAGCCCAAUGCCUGGAGUUUACUACUUUUCUUACCAUGUUCAUGUAAAGGGAACCAGCCUAUGGGUGGCACUUUACAGAAACAAUGUGCCUGCCACAUACACAUACGAUGAAUACAAGAAGGGCUAUAUGGACCAAGCAUCAGGUAGUGCAGUGCUGGAGCUAAAAGAAAAUGACCAGGUUUGGGUGCAAAUGCCGUCUGACCAAGCAAAUGGGCUCUACUCCACUGAGUACAUUCAUUCAUCCUUCUCAGGCUUCCUAUUGUGUCCUACAUAACAGGCCAUCUUAUGCAUCAUUUAUAAUCUAGUGGUCUGCAGUCACAGUAGUAACACCUGUAACAACAAAAACAGGAAAGACUGGACAACAUAAAAACCAAGAUUAAAAAGUAGGACACGGAAACUUUAUGCUGUAUCUGUUUUAGCGCUUUGAAAUGUAUGAUUUGAUUAUGGUUUUACUUUAAGUGUGUUUGGCAUCUUCUGCAUAUAGUAUGUUAUUAUAACUGUUGUAUUAAUGUUGUUGUUAUUCAUGUACUUGAUGUUACUGUUUAUUGAAAUCAGACAAUGCGUAAGUAACAGUUUUACCCAUGUGACUGCACAUUCUGCCAAAAUGACUAAUUGAACUCCAUCUCUUUGACACUGGGGGAGUGUGUUCCCCUGACUGCAGUCACAUUUAGUUUGAACUUUCUCUUUUAUUCCCCCCCUUUGAAUAACAGGCUUUUAACUCAGUUUGAUGUUUUACAAAUUAUUUGUAAAAAUGAAAAAUCAUCAUUUUAUCUGUACUAGCCUGGUAAUUUCAAGUGACUAAAUUAAAAAGUAUAUUUUGUCCUGUCUACAGUCACAAAUGAUACCGUUCAUUGCUACUCUAUGUGGAGUUCUUUUUAUUGUUCUAAUUCUUGAAGUGGAAGGCUUUACUUGACAAUUCCAAAUGUUUACUUUGAAUGCAAACUGAGCUGAUGUGUAACAAUACUAAUGACAUCAUGAGUAUUAUCUCUCCCUAUAAUGCUAGCAUAUAUUUUAUGAUAACAUUUCAGCAAAUAACCAUGAGUUAAUUGUUUGCCUGUUAACACAUGAUUGCUUGUAUAACAUUAUGUAAAUGAGUCUUUGCUCUCACUUCUCUCUAAUAUCUAUUCUGAUAUUAAAGAUAGUCCAUUGGAAAAGAAACAAAAGAUAUUGGCACCUAUCCAAUUUAUCAGUUAUGUACUUUCAAAACACUUAUCAUCUUCACUAUAAAAUAGCUGAGUGUUUGAUAUAUCUAGUAAUCCACAUUUUCAAUUAUUCAAUUACUUCUAACUUCCCUACUAACAG